UUGCUUAUAAAUAGCUCAUCAGCUUCGCAAAUUAGGGUUUCAAGGAAAGAGAGCGCCUCAAUCAUCUCCGACUGCCUGUGUGAUCUGUUCCUGUUGAACCUGUCAGCAGGAGAGAGAGAGAGAGAGAGAGAGAGAGAGAGAGAAUGGGUCACUCGAACAUCUGGAACGCGCAUCCCAAGAACUACGGCCCUGGGUCGCGUACUUGCCGGGUCUGUGGAAAUCCUCAUGGAAUUAUCAGGAAAUAUGGUCUCAUGUGUUGUAGGCAAUGCUUCAGGAGCAAUGCCAAGGAAAUUGGUUUCAUCAAGUACCGCUAAAUGGGUGAAGCAAACCACAAAUGGAGCUGAAGAAGAGAACCACUCCUUAACUAGUGGAUUCGUUAUGACAAGUCUCUAGAACUUUUUAGUGCGCAGACAUUUUGUUGGAUGUAAUAGAUUCUAAGAGUUACCACUGUUUGGUGGUGUUGGACUUAUAUUGGGAGAAGUUGAAUUUCAUGUGUUUGGUCUGGUA